UGCGGAAGAACCUCCACUUCAUAGAGGCAGGGAUCAACGAUUACAUGACGCCUUACGAUGAGUCGGAAAAUGCUGACGAGAUCGAGGCCCUUGUUGCACGUCUGGUACAAUGGUGUCACGCAUGGGAGCCACCACAAGAGUUCGGAGCGACAAUCCUCUCAUCCUGCACCCUGAACUUCCAAACACGCGUUUUUUCUGCCCUUCCAGCCAACCUUCCAGCCGCCUUCAAGAACCUAUGCAGAUCUUUGCUCGCCCCGCCAGCCGACGACGAAGAUGGCCAGCUGCGUACCUGCACGGGAGAGUGGUCGAAGCCAAUGUUGGAAGACUUACGGACCUGGAUGUCGGACAGGGUUGUACCGUGGAGUGGCGACGAAGCAAGAACGAUGCUUCAAGUUGUUGGUUCCCGUUUUGACUUCCAUAUCAACAAGACUUUGUGUGAAUUACGGACAAGAGAGAUCUUUACUAUUAUAAUCGACUACCCCGAUUUCGAGAUCCUAAUGACGACGAUCUUCACCCUGUCUUCCUAUCUUACUACUCGAUGGAAGUCCUGGUGCACUACCAGGUCUAGACGUCAGGUGAUCAUGAAGCGUACAAAUGUUACGGUUGUGGAAGAAGAGAGUUGUCUCAUUCAUGCGUCUCGUGGUACUUGAA